UCAUAUGUUCAUAUAAUUUCUCUACUCUAUGUUGGUUGCAUUUGACAUUUGCUAUUUGCACUUGCAGUCCCUUUAUUUUGAUUAAGUUAAGUUUAUCACCAAAUUUACUCAAAAUUUGCAAUGAAUAAACCGUUUCUUUAGGUUAAAGAGCAUAUAAAAGAUAUAAAAAAACAAUGCUUAAUUAAGUAUGGAGGAGUUUCAGGCUUGGGAAGACUUAUCGAAUAUACCAGCGGAUCCACCGGUUAUGCGCGAUCUAUGUAUUAAUUGCAGAAGGCCAAAGGUGGUUUGUUGGUGUUCAGCUCUACCACCCCAAAGGUUAAAUCCACGGAGUAAUGUCAUACUUCUCCAACAUCCUGCUGAAGAAAAGAGAUGUUUGCGCACAGCCCCAAUGUUACAAUUGGGUUUAGCAGAAAAUAAGUGCCUUAUUUAUAAAGGAAAAAAAUUUCCACAACCGAAACAUGAAAAUUUAGAAAAUAUUCUCAAUCAACCUAAUACUCUACUGCUGUAUCCAAGUACAAGUGCCGCUGAUAUAAAACAUUUUAAAUGUGAAAAUGAUUAUUACAAUAUUAUUCUAAUUGACAGUACAUGGCCACAAGCAAAAGCCAUAUAUGCAUCUAGUCCACUUUUACAAAAAAUAAAACAAGUCAAACUUGUAACAAAUAACUCUAGUAGUUAUAUUAUCAGAACACAACCCACGGAAGGUUGCCUAAGUACUUUGGAGACAGCUGCGGAAGCUUUGUCACAAUUAGAAAAUAAUUCCAUCUAUAGUGAACAACUAAUACAACCUUUACAUAUGCUUUGUAAGUACCAAUUGGAAAACGGUGCUGUGACCCAUCAAUCUAAAGAGUAUUUAAUCAAAACUAAAACCUAUCCUAAGUUAAUUGGUAAGAGAUUGUCUAAAUUACUUAAGUCUACUGAUCAAUGUACACUUGAAUAAGUUUAGCAUAAAUUAAUCUGUGACGUCACAACGUAAUACAUAAGAAGAUCUGUACAUAUGUACAAAAUGUAAUAUAGGAUAGUUAAUAUUUUAUUAAAGAAUUUUUUUA